CUCGGCCUCGGCCUCGUUACAAUUCAACCCUCUUUUAACAAUUUAACGUCACAGUCGCAAUGUCAAUUCAAAAGCUUCGUUUUUAACCAAAAAUUAAUUUCUCCUACGUUAACAUUCAAGUUACAGAAAAGAAGUUAACUGUACUCGUUGCACCAGUGUGCGCAUCACAAAACGUGACGUUUCUACAACGCGACUAAUAAAACGGAUAAAACGUCAGUGUCUACACGUACGGUCACUCGAGGGCGCUUAUUUAGUCAACGUGUCAUAUAAUCAACGCACGCAUUCUUUCAACGGGGAUCUAUGUAAAUAGGUACAUAUUGUGUGUGUAACUAUCCCGAUUCAUCUGUGCUCCAUACACGAUUUAUUUUGAAGCUUUAGCCCGACCAUUUCGCUGACAAUAUGAUCGUGACCACAGCCCGGACGGAAAUAAAUAACGAGAUUGUAUUAUUGAGGCAGUGCGUUCGUCAGGCUCGUAUAUGUGUAAUAAAUAAAUUGAUUAGAGAAGCUAAAAAACUAAAAAUCAAUCGUGGUAAUGAGAAACAAUUAGAGAAGAAUAAAAAUAAAGCAGAUAAACUUUUGAGGGAGGUUUUUGCUUUGAAACAUAUCAAGGACGAUGAGAUAUCGAAAUUUGGAAUUGUUAAUUCGGAAAAGAUGCAAGAUAUAUUACAGUAUUCACAGUCAGACGUUAAGUCUAGGGCUAUGGUAAAAGUCGCUCGUUACAAAUCUUUAAACACUAAAAUAAUUGAAUUUACAAAGAAGUUUCCAAAUUAUGAAGAAUACAUUUCAUCGAAGAAGCAUUUUUCGAAAAAAAAGAGGAAGGAUCUUGCAAGUGGCUGCAGUAAAAAGAAUUCAAGAGAAUUCCCAAACACUACAAAUAAAAUGAAUGCUCCAUUAAACACAGAAGACAUAAAAGGUCCAGAUUGCGUUACCUCUGUAAGUCAAUUAGAAUGCACAAAUCAACCGUGGAAUACAGAAAUGGAUGCAAGACAUGACAAGCUAUCAGAAACGAGGUUAUCUCGUGUAUUAGAAGGUAAUAGACAGAGUGAACAAUCUAAAGGGAUUAAUGACCAAAGUAAUGAUCAGAAAGCAAUGUCUGACACCAAAGUUGUAAGCAAAGAGGCUACUGUUAAAAGAUUCACAGAUAUUUUGCAGGAAUCAAGUCAGCUGGGAGCGAGCAACGAAUAUGACAAAUGUAACAAGCAGCAAGCUUCUCGGAUGCUUGACUCAGUUACAAGAGCAGACGACUUUUUCUUAUCUUCGGACAAGGUCAUUUCGUGUUUGGGUGUUUCAACAUUUUUGCAAGAGCAAAAGGAUAAAACUUGCAAAAAGAGAAGCAACGAAAUGCAAAAAGUAUAUAAAAAGGACACUUUGUAUCCUGAAAAUAGUGGUAAGCAGGCAGGUACAAUGCUUUGUAUGCAGAAAAAAGAUGUUCCUAGGAUCAAGGAAACGUCUGUACAUGGAAAUUACAGCUGCAUAAAUUUUAUGGGAAGUGAAAAUUUACAUCCUUCUUGGGCUGCACGAAGAAAGCAACAAGACCUUAUGAAGCAAGGUUUUCAAGGGAAGAAGAUUCGAUUCAACGAGGAUUAAUUAAACAAGUUACAAUUUCUGUAUUAAAAUUCUUUUGGUAUUUACAUAAAGAAAUUGCUAUACACGUUAUAUAGAUUGACGAAAAAAAAAAGAGAAAAUAAAUAUAUGGGUUUAUUUCGUUUUUUAUUUAAAUAUAGAUUUGAGUUAUAAAUUGUACAAAAAGGCUAUGACUUCACAAAGACAAGAAAAUUAACGCUUAAAUUUGAUGAAAGGGUCAUUGCGUCCAGCGCCUAAGUAUGUUUUACACGUAAAUCGUUGUCAGAUUUGUUUUUUGCACGUUUGCGGUGAUCAGUUACGAUGCACAUUCUAUCAACGUUUCAACCGUAAUUAACCGAUAAACGCGUUAACGGAUCGGCGCAUAAAUUCUGGAGGUAGUGUCUGUAAUUUAUCUCACAAAUAUUAUUCAAAGUAUAUUGAAGUUGGGAAUAAUUUAUACAAAGUACGUUGUUUCUCUUUUGUUUGGCGUCUCAGAAGUUCAUUUAAUUUAAUGUAUCCAUAAGUGAAUACUAAAUGGGUAUAAUCUUAAGCAAUAUAUCCAACAGGUUUGCUAUCUUUCAAUUGUACGUCGUAUUCGAUAUCGUUAAAUUUAUAUUUCUUUUUGUCCAGUUUUAUCAAUUAUAUAUAUGCCGUCGAAAUACAUGGUUGUCUGUCUGA